AUGCCCGAGGUCGAGCCCAAGGAGGAGGGGCUGUCCCCAGCCGAUGCCGAGCCCAGGGCACCCGCUGCGGAGGAGCGCGAGCCGCCCCGCGUGCCGCGGGUGUCGCCGGAGCCGAAGGCCAUGGUGUUCCCUGUUCGGAGGGCCAGCGAGAUGCGGCCGCUGAUGGCCAUCGGCGAUCCCGACGAGCCCUUCGCGCGCCGCUGGGCCCGCCGAGCGCUGCUGGGGGCCGUGGCGGGCGCCACGGCGGCGCUGGCGUGGGACGUGCACGAGAAGGAGUGGUCCUGCUACCACACGUGGUCGACGGCCCUGACGCAGUACGCCCUCUUCAAGGCCACGGGCCUGGUCGGGAGGUGGCGGCUCUGGCAGCUGCUGAGGGACGCCGAGGGUGGCGAGGAGGUGCAGCGGGCCCUGCUGGCCGAGGUGCUGCGGGCGCACCAGGGCACCAGCUACGGCCGCGACCGCGGCCUCGUCGGCGUCUCCACCCUGGAGGGGUUCCGCCGCGCGCACCCCGUCACCAGGUACGCCGACUAUGCGGACUACGUCGCCCGCACUUGCGACGGCCAGGAGGGGGUGAUGAUGCUGGGCCGGCCCAGCAUGAUGGCGACGACUUCCGGCACAUCCGGGCAGCCCACCCUGCUCCCGCACACGGAGGACGCCUCCAGGAGACUCCUCGCGCGCGGGGCGUGCGUCGCCUUCGCGGUCCUGGAGGCCGAGUUCCCGGGCGCGGUGCUGGAGCUCCGGCGCUCCGCGAGGCUGGCCUUCCGCGCGGGGCGACACCGGCUGCCGAGCGGGCUGGAGGUGGGCAGCAGCUCGUCGACUCCAGACGACCCGGGGUUCCAGAGGCUGCUGUGUGCGCGGACCAGCCCGCUGGCGGCGUACCAGGUCGAGAAGGCGCCCGAUGCCAUCUACGCCCAUGCCCUGUUUGCGCUCAAGGAUGCCAACCUGGGCAUGCUGGAGGCCGACUCCGCUCAGGCGCUCGCCCUGUUGCUGGAGUCUGCGAGGGACCACCGACGCAGCCUGGUGCAGGACCUGCGCAACGGGCACAUCUGGGACCGCCACCUGGUGGACAGCGCGCCCGCCCAGAUGCAGCUGCGCGACGCCAUCGACGCCGGCCUGCGCGGCCCGGACCCGAGGCGCGCCUUCGAGGUCGACCGGCUGCUCCGCGAGGAGGCCCCGGCGACCAGGAUUUGGCCGAAUUUGCAGGUGGUGCUGGCGGCCGACGACGGCGCGCCCGUGCCCGCGGCCGCGCGCCUGAGGGAGCUGCUGGGCGACGGUGUGGAGGUGUACUCCCCGCUCUUCGUGGCGGGGGGGGGGCUGCUCGGCGUGAACGUCACACCCCGGCGGCCCUUCGGCGCGUCCACGUACCUGCUCGACCCCCGCGGCGCGUUCGUGGAGCUCCUGCCGCUGCGGUGGCGGGGUGUGGAACGGCCUCCGAGCGAUGCACCGGUUCCCUCCUGGGAGGCGGAGGUGGGCGAGGCAUACGAGAUGCUGGUGACCACCCGCGAGGGCCUCUGCCGCUGCCGCCUGGGCGACGUCGUGCGCGUGCGCGGCCGCCUCGGGCGGAUGCCGCUCGUCUCCGUCGAGCCGGGCGCGUGCCCGGCUCCCGGGCGCGCGGCGACCGUUCCUCCGUGA